AUGGCUCCUCUCAACUCCCUGCCCCUAGAGCUGCAGGUCGAAAUCAUCACUAACCUGGAUCCCAUCGGUUUGAUCUCGCUCAGCCAGACUAGCAAGUACUUUCGAAACUUCAUCGACCCAAAAAAGCGAGAGUUUGUCGAGAGGCUUUUGCAAUUGGAGCUCACAGAAGAGUUUGGCGGACCGGCCUUCGAAUAUCGCGCCAGAUAUUUCAACGAGCUCAAGUUGGUUUGGGCGAACGAGCCAUGGCAGGCAAUCCGAUGGGCCUGCUGCGGGUGUAUGCGACUGCUCUCGCAUGCUCAUUUUGACAAUAGGUCUCUCCACCGCCUGGAGUUAAGGAAGCCGAGUUCAGGAUCCUCUGUCAAGACUCUCACCACUUGGCGGGUCACGCUGCGCGGCAAGCAUUGGAGCAGCCGGGAACAACGAAGUAUUUCCGAUGAGGAGAGAAGCCGCCGCAAGCGAUACCAAAUCGCGGAGUCUUAUUCACCGCACGAUCCAUUCGAUUUGUCUAACAUCCACUUCAACUUGGAAGCUCUACGUAAAGAAUUAGGAUUUGAUGGUUUUGACGAUCUCGACGAGGCGCAGUUCCGCGAAUUAUCGCCAGAAGAUAGGCUACAAAUUUUCGACCGAAAUAUCGCAUCCGUUGAGUCUGAACGCUGCGGCUUGAAACGGCACUUGCGUAGAUGCAAUGAGUGCAAAUACCAAGGAAACCAGAUUAGGCGUGAGACCGCUGGACGUGGCGGUAUACCCAUAGUUCCCAUCCAAACCAGCAGGAAGAUGCGUCGCACACCUAUGUUAUAUCGAUUUUUCCCCAACUACUGGGCUGGGUUGCGCAACGGGAGACCUCCGACAGAUGAGCUCCGCUUGGAGGAGGCUGUAAGAGUCUUUUACAAUGACUGGACCCUGCACAUGGCACGAUGCCCCGGAUGCGAGCGCUGGCAGGAGGUGAGAGCGUUUCGUAUUGGGGUUGGCAUUCAACGGUGGAGGCCUGCACCCGGGUUUAUUGCCGGAGGUGCUCAUGGGGAGACGGUAAACAUUACAGAGGCUUUCCUUGAUGGUAUCCGCUGCAACGCAUGCUUCGCUCAAGCCCAUGGAAGGGAGGAGCUUGCGGCAGCCUUGUCGAGUUGGUUCUUCAGACUUUUGGCCAAGCACCAGUCCGAGCUUGAGCGUGACGCACUUUGGGGGUGGGGUAAAAUUGCAGAGCUUCUGCCGAGCUUUCCAUCAGAGACCCAGCCUGCCGUGGAGUCCAUUCUCUGGUUCGCGUCCGUGGAAUCCCAAGGCUAUAAGAUGUUCCCCCCAGCAGCCUCGAAGCUUUGA